AUGAAUCUCGUCGUGAUUCUCUCGGCGUCCAUCGCUCUCGGCCUCGCUGUUCUUUAUCUUCCGCUUCUGAAUCUCUCUCCGCCAUUCGAUUUCCGCCUCUCCUCGUCCAAGUCGGCGAACCAAGUACCCUUUGCAGAGCUGGUGCUGAAAAAUGGAGUUAUUUUCACCAGCGACCCUUCUCUACCUUUCGCGGAUUCCAUGGCGGUGAGAAACGGAAGGAUUCUUGGGGUUGGAAACUACUCGUCCCUCCAGGGAUUGAUUGGGAACGAUACCCAGGAGUUGAAUCUUCAAGGGAAGGUUGUGGUUCCUGGGUUUAUCGAUUCUCAUGUCCAUUUCAUUCCUGGCGGAUUGCAGAUGGCACGAGUCGAGCUGCGAGGUGUUAAUCAGAAGGCAGAGUUCGUAAGCAGGGUGAAAGAGGCAGUCACUAAACUGCCACAGGGCUCCUGGGUUCUUGGUGGCGGAUGGAACAAUGAUUUGUGGGGCGGAGAAUUACCAAUGGCGUCAUGGAUCGACGAUUUCAGCAGAGAGAACCCUGUGUGGUUGACGAGGAUGGAUGGUCACAUGGGGCUGGCCAAUUCAUUGGCACUAAAGUUGGCUGGCAUCAGUAGUGAUUCGUCAGAGGAUCCAAAUGGGGGAACUGUAAUGAAAACUGCUCUUGGUGAGCCUACUGGACUGCUGAUAGAUGCUGCGAUGAAACUCGUCGUCGCCUUGAUUCCAGAGGUCUCUGUCACCGAAAGGAGGGAAGCUUUGCUCAGAGCUACAGGUCUUGCCUUGAGGAGGGGUGUGACGACUGUUGUUGAUUUCGGCAGAUUCUUCCCUGGAGGAUCACCAGAAGAUCCUUGGGAGGACUUUGCAGAUGUGUAUCAGUGGGCUGAUUAUUCAGGAAAGUUGAGGACCAGGAUGUGCUUGUUCUUCCCAUUGGAGACAUGGUCUCGAGUAGCUGAUUUCGUCAAGAAAUCGGGGCGUGCUUUGAGUGAUUGGGUUUAUCUGGGUGGUGUUAAGGCUUUUGCUGAUGGCUCUCUAGGUUCAAACAGUGCACUAUUCCACGAGCCCUAUUUUGACGAGCCUCAAAAUUAUGGCCUUCAGUUGAUAGACAUGGAGAGGCUUUUCAACAUGACUGCAGCUGCAGAUAAACUUGGACUGCAGGUUGCCGUUCAUGCCAUUGGUGAUAAAGCGAACGACAUGGUCCUGGAGGUGUAUGAUUCUGUUGUAUCAGCAAAUGGAAAGAGAGACAGAAGAUUCAGGAUCGAGCAUGCUCAGCAUUUGGCACCUGGAACGGUCAAUCUAUUUGGCGAACGACAGGUUUUCGCUUCGGUGCAGCCGGAUCACCUACUCGACGAUGCUGGCACUGCUGCCAAAAAACUUGGGACAGAGAGGGCUAUGAGAGGGUCUUACCUAUUUCAUUCCCUCCUGGCUAGCAAUGCACAACUAGCACUGGGAUCCGAUUGGCCUGUCGCAAACAUAAAUCCGUUAGGAAGCAUCAGAACAGCAAUGAAAAGAGUGCCUCCUGACUGGGGGAGUGCUUGGAAUCCAGCUGAGUGCCUCUCCCUAACUGAUUCCUUGAUUGCGCACACUAUAUCAGCAGCUCGAGCAUGCUUCCUCGAAGACAAGUUGGGAUCUUUGUCACCUGGGAAAUUUGCCGAUUUCGUGAUACUCUCCAUCGAUUCAUGGGAUGACUUCGCGGCAGAAGGGUCUGCUUCGGUUGAGGCAACAUACAUUGAUGGAGUGAAGGCCUAUCCCUAG